AUGUCACGGAGGCUUCUUAACCGCCAAGGCGGGGGCGGUCCAGCGACUUCACUUGUAGACCUUCCCGAGUACGAGCCACCAGCGUGCCCUCUCACGGAUAACGCCCGCAGCAAGCUCAACGACCUUAUCAACACACGCACGAAUGCCGUAUACCAGCAACAAGUCAGCGAGUCGAUUCGACUCCUUGGGUCCAGCGUCGGAGAUAUACACGAUCGUCUACGUACGCAAAAUGAGGCUCUCGCAGGACUGAAGGCCAAAAGAGAGGAAAAGGGCACCGACAAAACCGAAGAUGAACAGCGCCUUGAAUCGCAUCUUGCAGAAUUCGAAGGGCGUGUUGAUGAGCUCACCUUUUCAUCGGAAAAGGCUGUGCGUGAUCUGAUAGAUCGAAGAGCUGAACUGGAAGAUGAAGCCGACAUACUCAAGGAAUUGUAUGACACUGCUAGUGCCGAAGCUCGACAACAGAGACAGGAACAGGAGCAAGAGGGUGAGGGAAGUGAUGAGAGGGAGCAGCUAGCUGCAUCAAGCGCCAUUGAAACUUUCAAGAAAUUACGCGCUAGGAAAGAGGCAGAAUAUACAAACAUGUCCGCCCGCCAACGGUAUGCCCUCAACAACGACUACGCUGGCUUCAAGAAGGUAUGGCACGACGCCAUGGCUGGCGAAGAUGGCCCGCCGCUGCCAGAUGCCUCGCGCUGGUUCACUCAGGAUGGUCAACCCGUCAUGAACGGCGCUAAUGCAGGUGAUGCGGACGACGACGACGAUGACAUUGCGGUUGCGCGCGAGACCAUCAGCAUCAACUGUCCCUUGACUCUACAGCCCAUGAAAGACCCAUACACCAACCGGAACUGCAAACACACGUUUGAAAAGUCCGCUCUGUUGGAAUACCUACCCAUGCGAGGCGAGUCGCAAUGUCCACAGGCAGGCUGCUCACAGAGUUUCGCACGUGCGCGAUUCGAUCAUGAUUUCUUUCCAGAUCAAGCAAUGGUGCGUCGUAUCAAGCGCGCCCGCCAGGCACAGGCACAACAAGACAUGGAAAUGGACGAUGAUGAUGCCGAUGGUGAAGACGAUGUUGUGGUUAGAGGCCAGAAACUUGCAUCCGGAAGAGCCCCAAAGAAGGAAGAAGACGACGAUUGA